UAAUCAUUCAGCAUACAUUGAUUAUAGUCAGUGUUAAAUCUCAACAUUUUCUAUUGAACUUGCUGCGUCGUCGCUUCACACCCUUACAUAACCGCUACAAGACUAUAUAACAAGCAAAUACAAUGUCUUCAUACACCAUUGUAACUGAUGAAGGCUCAUCAAACGAAGAUCAGGAAAGUUCAUAUUCAGUAAAACGAGUCACACCAAAAACGAGUAAAAGAAAAAAUGUUGAUGAGUCAAAAGCUAGUAGUAGUAAAAAGACCAAGAUCGGAAAGCAAUCGGAAUCAUACAAGGAUACAUUUAUGGAUUUGAUUUCAAAAGGAAAAUUUGAAAACGAUGUAUUAAACACCAUAACCAUGAAGGAAGGAAAUAGUUCAUACACUUUUAAAUGUCCUGUUGCACCACACUGUGAAGACUACUAUGUCAUUCAGCACUAUAAAAUUAACACAAUUCAAAAUAUUCCGUCAGAUGAAAGAUGGAAACAUGCGGAAGCUAGUAUUAAAAUUCAUACAUCUAGUAGAGAUACAAAAGAUUCAAACAUUUCAAACAAAAUCAAUGAUGUUCUUCGAGAAAUAUUGGACCGGGUUUCAGCAGAUCCUAAGAAAAAAAUUAUCAAAAAUACUAAAAAGUAAAUUAAUCACAAUUUAAAUGUAUAAAC